AUGGGCGAAAACGGGACGGAAAUCGUGACGAAAACAGCAAAAAAAAAGCAUGAAACAGAAGAUGAAAACGACGAAGCAACGCACUUACGUAAAGAACCCACAAAGAACUUACUAAAGAACCCACCACAAUCGAUGAUGAAUUUACUGGAAGCAUCACGUAAGGGUCACGAAGAAUUCAAAACUAUUCCUCUGAAAACGACUAACCAAAAAACGGCAAACGGCUUACUGAAAGAACCCGCCAAAAACGGCAAACUUGCUAAAGAACCCACCGAAAAACGACGAGCAGAACUUACUGGAAGAUCCACAGAAACGCGCGCGUAA